UAUAAAAUACAAUAAUAACAAAUUAGAAUAUAAAAAAAAACUACUGAUUAUUUUCAAUUAGUAUACGUUUAGUUAAAGAUUGCGAUUCGCAUUACUCCUAUAAAAUGCAUUAAAAUUUAAACAGGAGAGUAAGUGAAGAUAAUAUGUAACGUCAAAAAUGUUUUUACUUGCGAUUUAUUCAAGUUAUCAUUGUGCGAACAAAACUAGAUUUCCGCGAGUAAAAAUGUUUUAUGCUGCUAUAUUACGCUUCAUUCGGAGGCCCUUGGUGCUUGGAAUCAUAUUUGCUUCAUCAUUAACUUACUGUAUUGUAAGUUUUCUCAAAGAGGGUAACAACAAAAAUAUGAUAUAUCAAGAUGUCUCAGUUCAACAUAAGCCAUUUGUUUGGCGUACUCUACAAGAGCAUAAUGAAACAUCUGAUCUGGAAUGCAGAAAUUCUGUCCAAGGCAGAGCAUUAAUUGUUGAUGAUAGAGGAUAUGUUUGCCGACGAAAUUAUAUAGGACAAAAUGGUUGCUGUAUGAUUGACACAGAUGAAACUACACGAUAUAGUUGUCAAUCUUGUAACGAGGAUCACUGUUGUAUCAUUUAUGAAUACUGUGUUGCAUGUUGUCUUGAUCCUAAAAAGCGUAACAUGCUUCAAGUUGUGUUAUCUAAAUUAACUGCAGAGGAGCAUGUUUUGGUGCAUUCCCUUGCUGACGACUAUGAGCUGUGUCUUACAAAAUGUAGGACAAGCUCCCAUAGUGUAUUGCACGAGAAUUCAUAUAAAAACCCAGGUCACAAGCACUGCUUUGGAGAUAAUCAAAUGGUCCCAAAAGAUUCCUAGCAGAGAUAUUAUUAGAGAAAACAAUGGACUCAAGAAUAGCAUCUAUUAAUUAUGAAGUGUCAGUAAUGUUAAUUAAAUGUUGUUAAUAAGUGUAUUUGGGACCAUAGAGUAACUGGUAACUUAUUAGAACUUUAAAUUGAACUCUAUAAACAUGUCUGUGCUUUAUUUUAUAAUGUGCACUAGCAAAUGAAAAAGAACAAAGCAUAAAAUAAAUGUGAUAUAAAAUAUGUAGUAUGGUGUUAGAAGAGAUGUAUGAUAAACAAUUGAAGAUGUUAGGUGAGUGACUUAUUAAUAUUUAAAAUGG